AUACAGCCACUUACAGAAGCAACCAGCAGUAGAAACGCAAAAAAGCACGAGUGGAAAUCCGUUUUUAUCCAAACUUCUUUCUAUUUAGAGGUGACAGGUGAAGAAGUAAGUGGUAGAUAAAGUUGUCUGUCGCUGUGGUUAGUGGUUCGUCCUGGAACGUUUCUCUGCUUGACGUCUCACCCUUAACCUCUGAAGUCUAACCUUGAGAGGCUUGCUGGUACAAACCUUUAACAGACAGACAGACCAACACGUCCACCUGAGAAGCAGGAUGCCUGAGCUGCCUGCUUUCCCCCAAAUGACCUUCCUGUUGCUUUGCAUUCUGGGUAUGACCUUGGUGACAUCUGGCUUCCCUCAGCCUCGACUACCUCUCAGAAGUUCUGAUGAUUCAGAUGAACCUAAACAAGAUGUCUGGGAUGUCCUCUUCCCCUCAAUCUCUCUCCGUGAUUGGAGCAUUCAAAUGAUGUCAGCGCCCAGCCUCGGAGCAGCAACCGAUAGCAAGGCCAGACUGAUGAGGGAGGCCUGGCUGUUUGCCCCCGAGAGGGCAGAGGCAAGUGUGGAGAGGCCAUGGCCUGCUGAAUGGUCAUCUCAGGGUGCCGGCGUGGUGAAGAGGAACAUGGUUGUGGCUGAUGAUGCUGCCUUCAGAGAGAAGAGUAAACUUCUCACCUCCAUGGAGAGACAGAAGUGGCUCAACUCCUACAUGCAGAAACUACUGGUGGUUAAUUCUUCAUGAUGAUUUAGUCUUUACAGCCCUUUUAUCAGAAAAUCAAACCACUCUCUGCACCCUGCACUGGCAAAAGCCUUUUACAGGUAUACCCUGAGUCUCUGGGUAAUUGCUCUGUCUUAUGAGACAAGAAGUUAGUGUAGUCAUCAAAAGUCAAUAACCCCUGCUGUAUUAUUAGUGCUUACAUCUAGCCUCUCAAAUUAAAAAUCUGUUUAUUGUAGCACUUUCACUAUUUAGCUUUCACAAAAGAUGGUUAAAUGAAUAAUCCAAAAAUAGGUUUUUUGGUGUUUGAACAUGCAUAAAUGUAAAGUGAGUUUGUUGGUCCUGCUGAAAAUAAUUUAGUGAUAUUCAGUUUGAUGAAUAAAGAUGCAAUUGAGGUUUUUGACAACUGUAGCAUGUGUUUGACUUUAUACAGUAGUAGUGAUGUAUGACAGCUGAAUUUAUUAGUUUUAUUGUUCUAAUAAACAAAACAAUUCUAAUCAUCUAUCUGUAUAUUUUACUCAAUUUAACUUCAGCCAAAAGCAGGAUGUAUGUGUUUGGUUAUCAUUAUUAUAUUUAUAUGUGUUUAAUAAUUGAAUUUAUUAUUUAUAUUUCUGUUUGUGUAUGGAUUAAAGUGAGCUUUAAAAGGUUUUUGUCGUGUUUUUUCACAUUGGACAGAGCCACGUUUCCCUCUGCUACCAGUCUUUCCGCUAAGACAGGCUAACCAUGCCCUAACUGCAGCUCAACUACUCACAAUGUGAGUACAAUGUAGUUGUUAAACACUCAUAAACAUUAUGAGGACACAGGUGUAUUAAUUCCAUAUCUCAAUGUCUCAAUAUCUUCAAUGACUUUGACUGCUGACCUUGUUAAUAUCAGCUGUAAUGUUUGAUGUAAUGUUUACUUUCAUUACAAGUCAUUUUGUGAAAUAGAUAAAUGUCUAAAAUAUAUAUUUUUUAAUUUGUCUGUAAUGUUAAUGUUUUGUUUUUCAGG